AUGGCGCAAGCAGAUGGCGCCUGGUUCACGAAGAGGGCCGCUGACUUCGUGCCCGCGGCCGCGAAGCCGGAAGGUGGAAAGAAGCGCGUGUCAAAUCAGUCCCGCAUUGAGCCGCCAGCAAACCCGCACCCGGUGGAGAACACGCUCCUUGUCCUCCCGAAGCUUGCAGUGCAAGAGCUGAAGAUCGAGCCCAACAUGUCGGACAAGGGAGACGAAACGAAGACGCUCUGGUUCGGACGUGUUUGGGAGCUCCGCGAGCUGCUCCGUGUGCAGAAUGACGAGCACCUGACACGCACCAACGCCGACAAGUCGAUGUCCGAGCUGCAGCUGAAGGAAGCGGAGAAGAAGGCUUUGGAUGCACUGCUGCAUGCAAAGGAGUACAGGAACAUUUUGACGAAGAUGGCUGCUCGUUUCAAAGGGGUGGUGGCACGGCGCAAGAACAGCCUGUGUGUGCUGGACCGCUUGAAGAAUGCCUACUUGAAGGGUACGGUUGUUUAUGCCCAUGGCUCUGGCGGGUGCAGCUGGGACAACCUCCGCUUUGGCCGGAUGUUCGCCCGGAUGGGCAUGCUCUUCAUCUGUCCUGACGGAUUCGCCUACCCGAAGCACACGGACUUGGGCAAGCUGCGGCACAAGGAUGUGCAGCCAAUAAAGCAAGCGACGGAUGAUGUGGACUACUGGUCCCCCGACCUCGUGUAUGCCUCGGGUGCAGAUGGUGAGAACACGUACUCUACCAAAGCCGAUUCCGUGCUGCAGGAUGCAGACAAGUUCCGCGAGCUCUACGAGAGAUGCUACCAGAUGCGUCGGCGCGAGUUGCACUGGACCAUCGAGAAGCUCCCCAGAUGGAUUCGGAUGCAAGGCUUCUACCUAGGUGGGUGCUCCGAGGGGGCCAUGACGGUGUCGCGCUUCGAUGACCAGCGCUACGGAGAUCAGCUGCUGGGCCGCUUCAUCAUCUCCUUCAGCAUCGAGUACUGCUACUUCACGCCGACCCCAGAAGACGGUCGCCUGGGAGGCAACUUGGACGUCCCCACGCUGAACAUCAUUGGCACCGAAGACGAGUUCUUCGGUGCGAAGAACAGCGUCGCUGCCCUCGUCCAGGCGGACAAGGAGCGCGGCUUUGGGGAUGUCAAGCUCGAUGGGCAUGGCUUCGAUACGAUGAUGGAGCAGGAGGUGAGCACAGGCCUCGUUUGCUACAUGGAAGGGGCCAUGCAUGGACCAUGCCCCACCCAUGACAACUUCAUCCGCCGUUUGUUCUCCACGUUCUUCACACGCCCGCAAGACAUCUGGAAGAUUGAUCAGCUUUGGGCAAUCGAUGACCGUCUGACGGGCUGGGUGGAAGUUCUGAAGAAGCGCACGAAAGGUCAGAAGCUUGCAUUGGUCCACGUUCCCCUGAUGGAUCACUCGAAGCUCACUCUGGACGAGGUUGACGAGCUGCGUGUCACCCAGAAGAGAAGGGACGUGCUCGAAGCCAACAAGGGCCAUCAGGAGCACAUGGAAGAAGCCGCAAAGGCGAAGAAGGCCAUCCUUGAAAGCGUGCAGAAGCGACAGCAACAGAGCAAGUAA